AUGGCUGGUUGCGAUACCCAAGAACUAAAUUUUAUAUUAAUUAGCUACCAAAAAACUGUCCGAUUAUCGUUAUCGUCACCAUUUCAAAAUGUAGGGCUGGUGAUUGAUAAGCUUAAUAAUGAGCAAAUAUGGGACGAAAUUGAUAGGAAAAACAAUCCAUUCUUGAAAUAUGUUAAUGAUGAAUUGGAUGCACUUGAUGAUUUUAUUGGAAACCAAGAGAAUGUUGAAAAUGAUGAUGACAGCGUAUCCAAUGACUCUAAUCAUGAUCUACUAGAAAACAAAAUAAUAGAAGAUCGUUCUAGUACACAUUCCGAAUUGUCGGAUAACAACAGCAUGGAUAUCGAAGAUGAUCUCUUUGAAGAGGAUGCGCAAGAUAAUGAUGAGAACAAGAAAGAUAGUGACAAUGAGAUAUUGAAUAAUGGUUUGAACGAUGAUUUUUUCAAUUUGGAGGAAUUUAAUAAGAGCACAGGAGAUGACGUUAACAUGCCAGAAGAUGAUGAAAUCGAUUACUUUGCGGAUCCUGAUGAUGAAUUGGCUGAUGAGUCAAAUGCCAAUGAUAUUGACAAUAGUAAGGAUGAUUAUGGGCAUGAUAAUGAAUCCUUGAAUAAUUUGGUCUACGAUCUAUUUGCUAAAGAUACAAGCGAUGACAAAGCUCUAAAAUCACCCUUCCAUAAAAAACAAGAAAAAGUGCAAAAACGAAUAGAACAGCUAGAAAUGGAGAAUAUUGCUGAUAAGGAUUGGACACUAAUGGGAGAGCCAGUUCCUGUUAUUACUGAAGAAGUCACUAUUAAGCUUGAAGAUAUGAUAAAACAAAGGAUUUCGGACGAAACGUUCGACGACGUUGAACGCAAGCAAGAUCCAAAUUUUAGGCCAUUUCUACCUUCAAAAUUAGUUGAAGUGUCAGAUGAAAAAUCGAAAAAGUCCUUAGCAGAGAUAUAUGAGGAAAGUUAUAUUAAACAAACAUCUGAUAUGCCAGAUGAGAAAGAUGAAGCGUUAAAAAAAGAACAUCAAGAGAUUGAGAAUAUGUUUAAAGAAUUGUGCCAUAAAUUAGAUGCUUUGAGCAAUUUCCAUUAUACACCAAAACCGCCUAGACCUGAAAUUUCUGUCGUUGCUGAUGUACCAGCCAUAGCAAUGGAGGAAGUUAUACCGGUUCAUGUUAGCGAUGGUACAUUACUUGCUCCUGAAGAAGUAUAUGAUAAGAAGAAGCAAGAAGUAAAGGGUGAUACUGAAAUGGAUUCAAAUGAGAAAAAACGAGCACGAGCUGCCAAAAAACGUUUAAAGAAGAAGGAAAAGAAAUUGAAAGAACGCGAGAAAAAACUGAAAUUGGCCGGAGCUGAAAUUUCACGUAGAACAAAUAACAAUCGAAAGACCCGGAGUGCGGCCGAUCAUUUGACUUCGGUACCAUUCCAACUAGAGACCGGAUUUGAACCGCUAGUAGACAUGGAUGAACCGUAUUUUUUAGAAUUUCACGUUCAGCCAAAUUACGUCGUAAAACAAUACUUGUCGCAUGUGACUGUGAAGCAAGACUAG